GUACAUGAUAUACUAUAUAGUAAGACAAACAUUUGACUACAUGACUUUAGAUACCGCACCGAACUGUUCCGAUUUACGUACAAAUCCGAUUUAAAAACAGAUUAGGAACGGAACUCGUUCGUAAUCCGGGGACUGCCUGUGUGGUUAUAUAGCUCACCUCUGUAACUACCUUUGCAGUUAUAAUUUCGAGUUAUUUUCAAGAGGCCAUUUUAAUUAUUUUCCAUCACAGUCGGUGGCCUCAAAAAAUUAGAUUUUACUGUAAAUUUCUCAAUUUUCCGUGUUCCAGGAUUGGAAACCACCAAGAUGCUGAUACGACCAGUGGGUCAUUGACCGGGCCAUGGAUGGGGUUUUUCUACUGGAUUUCGUCACGGAGCGUAAAGGCAAUAAAAUGACGUCGGCAUUUAAUGUAGCUGAAUGUAACCGAUACUUUGUGUCGGAUCCGCGCAGCGCUGCGGCGGCUCGGCGUUCGGGGGGCGGGGCUUCUUAUUCAUAAGAUUGGCACGUGUGGCCGCGCAGCCAAUGGGAAGUCGGCUUGGCGCGGAAUUCCCCGCAGCCGUGAGGGACUUUCCAUCCGCGAGCCCAAACACUCGCAGCGGUUGCAGGGAGACGGCUGAUGGACGCGUACACGUCUGACCGUCGUGCAGCGAGCGGGCGGGUGGAUGUGAGAUCGCAGUGAGUUCUUCUGGACCAACACCUCGGGGUCUUGUGGUGGAGUUGAAGAUCACGAGCAGGAGAAGUUCCGUGCCGUGGAUGGAGACAAUGGAGUACAACUUGGACAUGGUGGACACUGAGAUUAUGAUGCAUGAGAUGACUGACUUCAUGUACCAGCCCAUCUCUUCAUCCAGCGUGAAGGUGGAGCCAUACCUGGAGACAGUUCACGGGCCAUACUUGCAGAUCAUCGAGGAGCCCAAGCAGAGGGGUUUCCGAUUUCGGUACGAAUGUGAGGGGCCUUCCCAUGGGGGUCUGCCAGGGGCCUCCAGUGAGAAGAACAAGAAGACAUACCCUACGGUGAAAGUAGGCAACCACUUAGGCCGCGCAAAAGUGGAAGUGCAGCUCGUGACCCACACGGAUCCCCCGCGAAUCCACGCCCACAGUCUGGUGGGCAAGCACUGUAAUGACAGCGGCACCUGCAGCGUCAUCGUAGGACCCAACGACCUCACGGCGCAGUUUAACAACCUGGGCAUUCUCCAUGUGACCAAGCGAGGGGUGGUGGAGGUCCUGACUAAGAGGCUGAAGGAGGAGAAGAUGAAACAGAGAGGGACCAGGAACCACUUCACAGAUACGGAAGAGCAGACCAUUGUGAAGGAGGCCAAGGAGCUGAGCAAGACCAUGGACCUGAAUGUAGUGAGGCUGAAGUUCACUGCAUACUUGCAGGACAGCCAGGGGGGCUACACUUUGGCUCUGAAGCCCGCCAUAUCCAAGCCCAUAUACGACAGCAAAUCACCAAAUGCCUCAAACCUAAAGAUCUCGCGCAUGGACAAGACCUGUGGCUCAGUACUUGGGGGUGACGAGAUCUUCCUGCUGUGUGACAAGGUGCAGAAAGAUGAUAUUGAGAUUCGCUUCUAUGAAGAAGAAGAUGGAUGUUGGGAGGCUCUGGGAGACUUUUCCCCCACUGAUGUCCAUAAGCAGUAUGCCAUUGUGUUUAAAACACCAAAGUACCACACCAUAGAGAUCGAGAGGCCCGUCACUGUGUUCCUGCAGCUGAAGAGGAAGAAGGGUGGAGAUUGCAGCGAGCCCAAGCAGUUCACCUACGUCCCACACAUCCAAGACAAAGAGGAGGUGAAACGCAAAAGGCAGAAGCCCCUUCCGCACAUGUACGACCAGUGGCGCGGGCCCCCAGGGGGCUCUGGCGGAGCAGGAAGUGGAGCUGGAGGACCCGGAGGAGGUGUUGGAGGAGGUGACACGUUGUUCCCGUUCGGCCAACUGGACAUGGGAGGAUGCUUCAGCCAGUUUGCCAGGGGCAGCGGGUUCGGAGGGGGCGGGGCCCAGAUGUCUGAAUCGUCAGAGGCCCAGCAGGUCCAGGAGAGCGAGCGGCGGUCCAUAGGACCACCUCGGGCUGGGUCGCCACGGCAGCGACAGCUGCUCCAGAUUGCCUCUGCCCUGCAGGGUCGAGCCACGCUGACCGCCCGACGCAUGGCAAGGGCCCUGCUUGACUACUGCAGCACUGGUGAUGUGCGCCUCCUGCUGGCCGUGCAGAGGCACUUGUGUGCUGUCCGGGAUGAGAACGGAGACACGCCUCUGCACCUGGCCAUCAUUCACCAGCAGCUACCUGUCAUAGAGCAGCUAGUCCACGCUAUUGUCAGCAUGCACCAGCAGAAAUUGCUGGAUACGCGCAACCAUCUGGGCCAGACUCCUCUGCACCUGGCUGUCAUCACCCGGCAACCCAAGGUGGUGGACUUCUUGAUGAGGGCAGGGGCUGACCCAAGCCUCUUUGACCGAGACGGCCGGUCUGCGGUGCACUUGGCUGCGACCCUUGGAGACGAGCACACGCUCCGUGCCGUUCUGGCCUGCCUGGCAGAGCAGCACGCCUACUUGGUGAACACGGCAGACAACAGUGGGUUCCUACCUCUUCACCUGGCUGUACGGAAGGGAGGCGAACGGUGUCUGCGGGCCCUGGUGGAAGGUGGGGCACGGGUAGACGCCGUGGAGCUGAAGAGCGGUUGCACUGCGCUGCAUGUCGCCGUGAAGGAGAACCUCUUCAAAGUGGCUUUCUUGCUUAUCACCGAGUUGAAGGCAGACGUGAACGCGGUGACCUUCGCGGGAAACGCACCGCUCCACCUGGCCGCAUGCCUCGGCUCACCCACGCUGUGCUCGAUGCUCAUCGCGGCAGGUGCUCAGAAGGAUGCAGAGAAUGACGAGCCACUUUUCAUCAGCUCAUCCUCGGAUGAAGAGCACGAGGAAGUUGAACUGAGUUCCACCAAACAGCAGGCUACACCCUCCCAGUGGUCUGAAAAGCCCUGCAAGAGGCAUGCUGCAGGCCAUACGCCUUUCGACCUGGCCAAAUGCCAACGGGUUAGGGAUCUGCUGGACUACAGGAAGAGCCCUACCCCAACCAGACCAGUGGCAGACACCCCAAAGACACACGAAGAGGCAGAUGGACCCCAGCUGGACAGCGACACACUCCAGCAGCUGUGUGGGAUCCUCAGUGAAGGUCACGUCCCUUGGAGGCAGCUGGCCCAGAAGCUGGGCAUGUUGACGUUGGCUGACCUGUUCCAGGAAACCGCAUCACCCUGCCGGAGCCUGCUGGAGAGCUACCAGGUGGCCGGUGGGCGGAUCGAGGGCCUGGUGGAGGCACUAGAGUCGCUGGGUUUGAACAACGGUGUGAGGCUGCUGAGACAGAGGGAGCUAAAGGACAAGACACACGCAGCAGAUUCAACAGUGGACAGCGGCUUUGGGAGUCAGACUAUGGAGGACAUGGAGAGACCGGUACUGGCAGAUUCCUGAGCCAUAUGGCUAGGCCCUCACCAACACCCACAUUGGUGUCAGAAGUGGGAUCAAGCACUAGUCUGGACAGCCAGUUGUGGAGGAGGAAAAGGUCCUCCUGGAGGUGUCUCGUGAUGCUGGAAGAGUCACCUAGAUUUUUGGACAGUUGACCAAAGACUGAUCUGAGUGGAUUUUUGUGUCCUGACUGGGCUAGACAUAGCUGUGCACUUUAAACGCCGCUUUCAAUCACUGGAAACUUUGUGUCUCCAUUGUGUUACACAAGAGAACUUGCCAUAACUUGUUGACAAAAUAUGCUAAAUGAAAACAGAAUGCCUGUUUAGAGAUGUACAAGCAGAGUUUUGAACAGAUUCAUGUUUUUUUUUUUUUUUUCUUUUUUUUUU